AUGCGUAGUGCUGGUCCUCAAUCUACGGGCACGCCCAACAGUGCCCGUGUGACUCUCAUGGAGCGUCAAGCACUGGAGAAAGGAGACGUAUCGAUGCUUGCCACACUCCGAAUCGGUGAAUUGGACAAGCUGGUCGCUGCGAUGAGACAGAAGCAGGCGAUCACACAGACAGCCAUGGCUCACUACGAGAGCGAAAUCGGACAUAUCGACCGCGAAGUGGCCGACAUCAUGGCACGAUACACUCCCAUGUGCAAACGUUUGGAAGCUCGUCGUCAAGAGCGGGAUGAGUUACAACAUCACUUGGAUGUUGCAACGAAGCAAUUUGGUGACGUACUAGCUGCCACAAAGAGCCGCUUACGUGCAAGUUCGCACGACCAUGUGAAGCACAUUCGUCAAGAAGCCUCAGCAGAACUUACAAGCACUCGUGGCUACUCUCUAGGACGCAAUAGCACGGUCUACCAGAAGCCUCGCAAGUAA